UAAUUUACCUCAGACAGAUCACAUAACGAUUCGGUUGUAGAUAAAUUGUCCACAAGAGGGCAGCACCACAACAAAUAAUGAGUCCAACUGCGUGUGUUAAAGCAUCAAGAAAUUGAGCUUUGUCUCUCACUAGUCAGAAGAUUACACUGGAGGUGCAUGGCCAAAUAGACAGGGAAGGCCCUAAAUUUUAAUUUGCAUAGCGGGACGUGAUGAUGAUGUGGCGAUAAGGCGGGAUAGUGCAGGGAUCAUUUGAUGGGUAUAGCUCAUGAGGACGGGAUACAUCAUUGGGGAGAUCAUCUUUGGAUUCAGUUUUAAAAGCCGUGAGAUUCCUCUAUCAGGACCACACCGAAACGAUGCAUGGCGACCGCAUCAACAAUUUCCUAUAACGCGACAUUUAAUCCGAUCCUACACAUCGGCUAACCAGGAGGGGGGAAAAGAGGCUUUUGAUGCUUGAAUGGAAUUCUGGGACUGAUGCGUCUCUGUUGUCCUCUCUUACAGAGAGCGCAUAAUGGAAAGAGGAGGAUAACGGCAUUUCAAUGGUUCGUGUUUGCUCAAAAUGUCGGUGACACCGAAAUAAAAACGGGUCUGUCGGGAACACGUGUUUUUGGACUAGCUGUUUGAGAUUUAGUUUGAUCAGAUCGGCGGAAUGAUGUCUUUAAGAUGUCACCGGAGUAAGUCGGUGUGGGCUACUCUGGGCGUGCUGGCGUUGUGCUGGCUCUACAUCUUCCCAGUGUACAGGAUACCCAGCGACAAGGAGAUGGUGAAUGAGGUUCUGCGGCAGGGACAAACAUGGACCAGAAACCAAACGGGAAUUGAGCUGUACAGGAAGCUGCUUACAGAAUGCUGUGACCCAAAGAGGAUGUUUAUUGUGACUAAAGAGAACUCGCCAAUUGGGAAGGUCCUGUGGUAUGAUGGAGAAUUGUACCAUUACCAUACGGUCAACAAUGAGACGUACCCCUUCUUUGUUCAGGAUACACCACUGCAGCUUCCUCUAAAGAAGUGUGCGGUGGUGGGCAACGGUGGGGUCUUGAAACACAGCGACUGUGGCAAAGAAAUUGACCAGGCUGACUUUAUCAUGAGAUGUAACCUUCCUCCUUUGUCUGAAAAGUACACUGCUGACGUAGGUACCAGAACGCACCUAGUGACUGCUAAUCCUAGCAUCAUUGAAAAGAGCUUUCAGAACCUACUCUGGUCCCGCAAAGCUUUUGUAGACAGCAUGAAGGUGUACGGUUCCAGCUACAUCUACAUGCCUGCGUUCUCCAUGAAGCCCGGUACUGACCCCUCCCUCCGGGCAUACCACACCCUUGCGGACUUCGCCUCCAAUCAGACUGUUCUCUUUGCCAAUCCAGACUUCCUCAAAAACGUCGGGCGAUUUUGGAAAAAUCACGGCGUCCAUUGCAAACGCCUUUCAACCGGGCUGUUCCUGGUGAGUCUUGCGCUUGGCAUAUGCGAAGAGGUGACCGCUUACGGUUUCUGGCCAUUUUCCGUAGGCCUGGACGAGCGACCGGUCAGCCAUCAUUAUUAUGACAACAUUCUCCCAUCCUCUGGAUUUCACGCCAUGCCCGAGGAGUUCCUGCAGCUUUGGCACUUGCACAAGACCGGCACGCUGCGUAUGCGUGUGGGCCAUUGUUCAAAGGCGGGGGAGUAGCAGAAUAGGAGGAAAUAGGAAUGGAAGCGUUGCUAGGGGCAACUCCCUUUAUUCUCACAGGAAUAGGAUGGCCAUCUUUCCCUUUGAUUAGCAUGAGAAUGCUGUGAGUUGUCAUGUGACGCCCCACCCCCAAAGCUGGGCUUUUUUUCAGUGUCUUAAUGCUUGACCCCCAUGUAUGUAGCCCACAACCUCCCCGUUAUUGCCAAGGGACUUACUCGCAUGUAUACCCAUCCUCAUUUAUGUGCUCACUGGAGGUUUGUUGCAUCCUUCAGGAAAGCUGGUGGGGGCUCAGGUGGCCUAUUUAAACUGCAUCCACCAACAGUAUAGACCAUUAAACCCAGGGGCUAGUCGAUGACCUAACGUAAAGAUGGAUUGGGGGAGGGACUGCUUCUAGAAAUCUAGUCUUAAAGAGGAAAUGGGAACAAUGCAGUGACCAUUUGGUGUGUAUUUAUCUUGAGCGCGAUUGGAUCGUUGGAAGGCAAAUAAUGAAUCAUGUGAAAAUCGGUACAUAGAGCGUUCAUAUCUACACAAUUCAGUGUAAAAACAGGUUUUGCCUGAAAAAAGGAAAUUUCAGCCGAGAAUUGAAUGUGAAUGUCAUACAGCUGUUAUUUGCAGAUUAUAUCUCAAGGCUGCGGUUUGUGUUCUCGUCGCUUAUUUUUCUUUUUUUUUUACAAUGAAUUAAAAGUAAAGUAUACUGUGAAAUAAAUAGAUUUGUCACGCGUUUUAUACAUGCAUUAAACGUUCAAAAGGUCCUACGCAGUGCAAGGAUUUACAUUUGUGCAUUUGGCAGACGCUUUUAUCCAGAGCGACUUACAGUUGCAUUUAAUCAGUAUGUUUAGUGGGAUUGAACCUAGAAGACAAAACCCACAGGAACAUUUUCAGGAAAAAAACAUGCAGAUGGGAAUUUUUAAAGACAAUAGGAGGAAUGAGUAACUUCCUGUGCCAACAGAGGAGCUGUGAUCACCUCGGGACACUUAGUUGGGGCUCUUUUCAAUUAUGAAGGCAUGAUGGUGAAAUGAAAUGGGAACCUUAAAGCUUGUGUUUUUUUUUUUUUUGCCUGCUAAGGUGCUGGACACCUGUUUUAUGUAUAUAAUCGAUCACUGAUUUCCUUACAAUUUCCAUAAGUAUUGUGUUAUUUGAAUGUAAUGGCAUUGUAAUAUUGUUUUGUUCAGUUGCACACAGAGGUUUUAAUCUUGUAUCGUAGGUGCUAUAGAUGUAAAAUAUUCACACAAGCUUAGUUUCAACACGCUUUUUAUCACAAAGAUAUUUAGAUACAAGAGUGAGUGUUAUGAAAGAUGUAAUUGUUUGGGUGCCGAAACAUGCACUACGCAGGUACGCAGAUUUUACAUUUGGACAGUGCAUUACAAGUGUACAGUCGUUGUAUUUAUUUAAUGUGCAUGCUUGUGUUACUGUGACGCAACAAACUGCAGUUUCGUUCAAAUAUCUGUGCCAUUAAACCAGAUGUACUUUUAUUUAACUAGCUAUAAACACGUGGACAUGCAACAAUGCAUGCAAUGGGCUCAUGUUGCCAGAACAGUUUGUGUUGCGUACUUGUGUAGGAUAUGUUUUGGGCAGUAUUGUACGUAUUUGGGAUUUUUCAUCGGCCGAGGAUUACCAUUAACACGUUUUUACACUUCUUAAGCGCGUGCCUUUUUAUAAAAGAAAAAAGGCUAUGGAUUUUGUCUUCUCAAGAAGGUUUUUAAUGAGUCUAAGGAUAAUUUAUAAUUUUUCUUUUUUACAUCACAUUGUUUGUUUAUAUGAGGGAUUUUAUGAUGUAUUACUUAUGUGGAAAGACUUCUGAUUUAUUAUGACGAAUGAAUUGCAAAUUUUGAAAGGGGGUGUUGAAAUGUCUAAGCGCAUGCUGUAUGAGAAGGACCAAUUUAUAGUUGUUUCUGUACUAUUUUAACUUAGUUGCUAGAAACUACAUUAUUUGUGUACAUGAAUAUGUAGGAGCUGGCAUUAUUUAUUUAUUUGCACCUUUGUGCUGUUCAGUAUUGUGAAUGAGUGAGGUCGUAGUUUGUAUGUAGGCAUGCACGACUGUGAUGUGUAAUUGGUUUUAGAAACUGAUUUUGAGUUAUAAACUCGCCAAAUGUUUUGCCAAGUAUUUUAAAGUUUUGCCCUGAGUUUCUGAGCCAUACAGUAUGAAGGUUACGUUCCCUGCUAAAACUGAGCUUACCUCAAAUGUACUUUACACUGUUAACUCCAUCAAGAAAGCUCAUAAGAGCACAAAUCUUAUGAAAUUGUAUGUUUUACUCCAAAAAGGGUCGUAAUAUGCCCAUUUUCUUUGCUCAGGCAGUUAGGUGAUGGAUUUACUUGAGCGCAUGUCACAAUUUAGUAACAGUAAACAGAAACCAGGACAUUGUUUCUGUGCCAGCUGGGUUAUGCAAAUAAAGGGAAAAAAUGAAAAUUUUGUGUUAAAAGUGAACCAAACAAUACUUUCAAAUAAUAAAAACCAGUGUCAACUACUCUGCUGCAGUAUGUAUUGUGUGAAUUGUAUUUCAGAAUGACAUUAAAUUUGUUUGAAGUA